GGGGGGUUUUUUUUUUGUUCGUCUCACGGCUUCCUCUUUUCUGUUUGCCAAGUGCAAUUCUUCAACUCAGCAAAAUUUCUUCCACCUGUCGCCAGAAUGUCUGCACCAGUCGUCAACACACCUCUCAACCCCUACGCCGUCCUCCAUGCCACCCUCGACGGCCCCGGAGACAUGCGCCCUUCAGCCAUGCACGUCAUCCGGGAUGGGAAGCUCAUCAACGCUUGGCCGGAGCGCAAUAUUCUCGUCACAGGUGCCAGCGCUGGCCUCGGUCUCGAGACGGCACGCGCACUGCAUGCCACCGGCGCGACACUGUACCUGGGCGUUCGCGACGCGACCAAAGGCGAGGCCGCCAAGACAGACAUCCUGUCGCACAGCCCCGGACGCGGUGAGAUUCGGCUGCUGGAACUGGACUUGGCCUCGCUGGCAUCAGUGAGGGCGGCGGCAGCGUCGCUGCUCGAGCGCUCUGGCGGCCGGCUUGACAUCCUUGUCAACAACGCGGGCAUCAUGGCCACGCCCGAGGCCCACACCGCCGACGGCUUCGAACUGCAGCUCGGCACCAACUACCUCGGGCCGUUCCUGCUGACGGCGCUGCUGGUUCCCGCGCUGCAAGCCGCCGCGACACCUGCCCGCGCCUCGCGUGUCGUCAACCUCAGUUCACGUAGCCACCUGACGCACUCGUGCGGGCAGAUUGAUCUCAGCGACCUCGGCUGGCAGCAGCGUGGGUACGACGCGUGGGCAGCCUAUGGCGCCAGCAUGACAGCCUCGAUCCUGCACGCCAACGAACUCGACCGCCGGCUCGGCACCGACGCAGCACAUCCCGUUCACGGCCUCAGCGUCAACCCCGGUGCCGUCAUGACAGGUCUCUUCCGUCAUCUGCCGCCCGACCAGGUUGCUGCGUACGAGGCCUUCCGUCAGGUGUUCAAGAGUCCCGAGCAGGGCGCCGCGACGGCUGUUUGGGCAGCAUGCGCAGCGGCGCUCGAAGGCUGUGGGCAGCUCUACUGCGAGGACUGCGGCGUGGGGAGCUGCGCACCGGCAGACGGGUCGGGCAGGAAAGACAGGGACUACGCUCCGUGGGCGAUGGGGGACACGGAGACGGAGGCCCGGUUGUGGGCGGUCAGUGAGGGGCUGGUUGGCUUGUAGCAUGUCGCGGUGCAAUGGGAAGCUAUGGCGCGUGUAGCCGGCAGGUGCAACGACGCGGAAAAGCCUCCGGAAGUCUGUCUCUAUGGCGCCUUCCCUACCUCUGGCAAACGUGGCCGGCAACGUACAGGUGACGCCGUCACAACAACGAGAUUGUCUGCUCUCCGCCUCCCCGAUAUCGAUAUCAUGACGCCUUUUAUCCGCAGCCUCCUCCUUUAACCCUUCCUCGCGACUACGACAGAUUCUGCUUCUUCUUCUUCUUCUUCUUCUUCUUCUUCUUCUUCUUCUUCUUCUUCUUCUUCUU